UCACAUUCUAGUAUCAUCUACAUUCUAGCAUUUCUCUUUCUAUCACUCCUACUUGACCUUGUGUAUCAUUCUAUCAACAAGCAGUUCAACUUUGAACUUUUCAUUAUUCAGUCAUGACAGAUGCAUCGACUCCUAAGCCCUCCUUCUCCACUUGCUUUUGGGGUGACCAAAAUAAAGGUCUCGAGGUUCUUUUGGUCCGUAUGAAGCAGGGAAAACAUUUGAGUGAAGAGAUCCACGCCAUGCUAAAAGAACGCUCUAGUAUGGAAGAAGACUAUGGAAAACGGCUAUCUAAACUAGCCAAAACGUUUAAUCCAAAGGAUGAACUUGGAACACUGAGAGAGUCUCUGGACAUUGUGAGGACUGAGCUAGAACGCUCAGCAAGAGCUCAUUUGGAUCUAGCAAACGAGCUGCGAAUAAAACUCGAAAAACCACUACAAGAGUUUAUCACUAGCCAAAGCGCACUUCGUAAAAACCAUUCGCGGAUUUUGGAAAAGCAUUUAUCAAACAAAGCUGCACAGGAAGCUUAUGUCACCAAACACAAGGAGCGAUACGAAACACGAUCGCUGGAAGUGUCUCAGCUUCAUCUUAUGACUCGUCAGCCUCUUGCUGCAAAAGAAGCUGAAAAGGUUCGUAUAAAACAUGAAAAGAUGUUUGCUCUUUCUAAACAGUCUGAGCAAGAUUACCGCUCUGGUGUAGACAAAUACGGAGAUAUUCAUCGCAUUUGGCAAGCCGAUAUGACCGCUGCUUGUUUGGAAUAUCAAAAAAUGGAGGAAGAUCGGUUUCAGUUUAUUAGAGGAAACAUAUGGAACUACACAAACUUUAUCAGCGGUAUGUGUGUGGCCGACGAUGAGGGGUGUGAACGGAUUCGAGUAUCACUGGAAAAAUGUGACUUUGAAAAGGAUUUGUCGCUGUUUAUUGAGCGCAAUUCUACAGGAUCAUAUAUUCCAAAACCAAUGCAGUAUAUUCCGUUUAUGGACGGACGCGACUUGAAUGGUACUGUUGAAGGAAAUGCAAAAAGUACUUUUGUAACUCCAGAGUAUGUGCCAUCACUUCAGCCAAAUUCCAACAAUUCGUCCACAACCAAUCGUCCUUCAUCUAUUUUGGGUGUACUCAGCAAUAUCAGUGCGAGCUUUACAAGUGCCAGACAUUCCAGCACUCACUCAUCCAAUCCAAACGUGAGUACUGGAGCACAAUAUUUUCGAUCAGACAAGCCCACAUCUGCUUCAACAAAUGAUUGUACUACAAAUGCUUUAUAUGAGAGUGGUCCUGUUGGAAGCGAUAAUGGGUUACCUCACGCUCGAUAUGGCAGCAGCUCAAAUGCUAGUUUAAAUCUCCCCCCUAGCGUUCCCAUAUAUGAUCCUGCAGCAGCUGCUUAUGACAAUCCUCACACACAGCUUGCUCACAUGCAAAUUGACGAACGGGGAAAAGAUACACAUGGCAAUGGCGUUCCUGGCUUACUAUCGGAUACCACUCCUGGUAAUCCAUUUUUACAUAUGGGCGGGGUUCCAGUCCUUUCUGGUGGACUUGGACCUACUCAUGGCGAUCAAAGCUUUCACUACAAUCCCUUUGAUGUUCCCGAAAGUGUUCAGGUUCUUUUCUCAGUACGUGCACUUUAUGACUACGAUUCUGGUUCACCAGAGGAGCUCACUGUACUCAAGGGUCAAGUGAUUCCUGUAAUUGCCACGCAUGAAGAUGGAUGGUGGGAAGGACUCGGAUCUGACGACGGUCGUCGACGAAAAGGAUUAUUUCCAAGUAAUUUCACUGAAACCGUAUCAUAAAUGCAUGUGUGCCAACUCAUUGAUUGUGUCUACCAGCAGUCUCGGUUAUUUCAAAACACAUAUGUCAUCUUUAUUGCUCAACGUAUUCCCCUUUGUGCAUACAUUCAAGGGUUUGCCUUGUUUCUAUUUUUAGUUGGGGUUUAAAUAAAAGGUUGAUAUCUACCUCACGGGGUUUC